GACGAUGACGACGACGACGGCGGCGGGGGCGGCUGAGGAGGAGGCUGAGGAGGAGCUGAUGCCCCGGUUCUUGCCGGUGGGCCACUGCGACCUCACCGAGGACUUCGACCCCACGGUGCCCCCGAGGACGCCGCAGGAGUAUCUGAAACGGGUCCAGAUUGAAGCAGCCCGUUGUCCCGAAGUUCUUGUGGCCCAGAUAGAUCCAAAGAAGUUGAAGAGGAAUCAAACCGUCAGCGUCUCACUCUCAGGAUGCCAGCCAGCCCCAGAGGGAUAUUCUCCCACACUCAAAUGGCAACAGCAACAAGUGUCACAGUUUUCAGGUACUCGCCAGAGAGUGAACAAACACAGAAACCACUGGAAGUCACAGCAACUGGAUAGCAAUGUAAUGAUGCCAAAAUCAGAGGAUGAAGAAGGCUGGAAAAAAUUUUGCUUGGGAGAAAGGUUAUGUGGUGAGAUGGCUGUUGCAGCACCUAUAGAAGAAAAUCCAGGAAUUGAUUAUGUGCAGAUUGGUUUUCCUCCCCUGCUUAGUAUUGUCAGUAGGAUGAAUCAGGCAACAAUAACGAAUGUCUUGGAGUACCUGAUUAACUGGUUUGGAGAAAGAGAUUUUACUCCAGAAUUGGGGCCCAAAACUAAGCAUUUGAAGAAUCUGGAAAUGGGCUGUUUAUCCCCAAAGGGAAGGUGGUUUUAUGCUCUGUUAGCUUGUCUUGAAAAACCCCUGUUGCCUGAGUCUCAUUCCUUGAUUCGGCAACUCGCAAGACGCUGCUCAGAAGUGAGACUCUUAGUGGAAAGCAAAGAAGAUGAAAGAGUACCUGCUUUGAAUUUAUUAAUUUGCUUAGUUAGCAGGUAUUUUGAUCAGCGUGAUCUGGCUGACGAACCAUCCUGAUGUGGUCGUGGCAUCCAAGGAGUGUGAUAAAGUAGCCUCCUGCCUAUUCGGGGAGAGGCAACUCAACAUCAAAGCUUCAAAUCCACAGAAACAACUCCGGUUCAUCUCUCAGUGACUCAAUUUGAAAUGAAUGAGAAAGUGGUUGGAGUGUUUUUGAACAAUGAGCCAGCUAAGGGGCUGCUGCAAGGACUCGCAAGUGGUCUGCAAUGAUGUUGGCUCUAGGUGGAAAAAACAUUCAAAACAGUCCCCUUUUUACCUAAAUGAAAAUGACCUCCGGCAGCAAAUAUAUAUAUCAUUCUAUAAAACAUUGGAGAAUGAAAUUUUACUUUAGUUAAAUAGCUUCUUGUAUGAUUUUUGUGAGAAUCGUUCUACUUCAGAACCUUACUGUAGCAUCUGAACCUUAUCUGGAUCCCAGUAAGUGUUUUAAUUGUGUACUAGGUGAUGGACAAACAAAACUAAAAUGUAGCUAUUGAAAGUACAACUGUCUUCAGUGUAGUGGAAUUCAAAAUCAUCAGGAUUAAGCCUUCCGUAGCUCCCCGGGUUAGUGUUAGAUGUGUGAAGGAGUUUGUGGGCUUGGAGGGUCCUCCACUGUUGUGCCAGAAGAAAUGGACUACUGACCCUCUGCAGACCUCAGAAGUGAACUCAAAGCACCUAGCAAAAUCCUUAAAGGCCAGGCUGGAGUCCUGGU